UAAAAAAUAAAUGGAAAAAAACCGAAACUCUGUCAGACAGUGUGUCAUCUUCUUCACUUCACAGCAUUUCCCCCGAUAUCGCCACCUGCAACUGCACCCCCGCCGCAUGAUCUGAAUCAAUGUCGCUCGACGUCCCUCGCGACGCCGUCAAGCGGCUCCAGAUGGCGCUCCGGGAGGAAGCGAAGAUCCCCUCCUACGACCCCGACGACCCUUCGAUCCCGCCGCUCCGCUCCUACGAGGAAUCGAUCUCCGGGCUCGAUCCGUGCCCGCCGCACCUGCGCUGCAAGCAUUGCGGGGGGAGGCUCCUCAGCGGCGUCGGCUCCGCGUUCUGCGUCUUCUGCGGGAAGGAGCAGCUCGGCGGCGUCCCCCCCGACCCGGUCAAUUUCAGGUCCACGCGCGGUUACCGUUGGCUGCUCGAUGCGCUGCAGCUGGAUGGAUCGGAGACUGUCGAACCAUUUUCUGAAGGAAAUGAGUCGAACAGAGGGCGGAGUAUGCCAAAAGAUUCAAUUCCCCUGUCCGAUCUGCUAAAUUUAGAGAUCAGAUGGUCCUCUAAGCCAGAGAAACCUGGAACAAUUAUUACCAAUGAGUCAGGCCUCGCAAAAACUUCUCUGAAUCUGGCUGGGCUUGACAUUGACAACUUUUUUGGGGAAGUGGAGACGAAAAUCACUCCAAAUGAAUCUGAAGAGCAGCUUGGAGCAAGCAAGCAGAGUGAAAAUGCAGAAAGCAUUGCUUUCCAUAGUCCUGAGAAUCUAAGUUUGUUUGAGAAUGUGCAGUCUUCCACUGAACCUGUCCAGUCUCCUGAACAUGGGAACUACAACACAAUGUCUUCAUGGGAGCCAGAGUUUCAAUCCGCUGAUUCUGAAGCUUUUACUAAGGAUUCCAGACCGCUGGACCCUUUUGCGAAUUCUACAGUUGAUCUUUCUACCCAUAUGGAUUCUGUCUUUGGAUCUGGAAUAGAAUUGAGAAGCACUGAUGCUAAAGAUGGUGCACCAUCUUCCUCCAAAAUGGACGACUGGUUUGAAGAUGAUCCGAGGAGUUAUUCGGUGUUCGAGUCAACUGGCCAUAAUGAGGGUUUUAAAACAAAUGAUAAUGUGGAUACGAGUAAGGUCAAUGACACUGCAGAGAGUUCUUCAACAAGUGUUGCUUGGGUUCAGGAUAAUCAAUGGCCAAGUGGUGGCAACAUUGAUCGUCAUGUUGAAAGAGUUGAUGAGAACGUUGAUUCUAAUGAUGCUUUGAAUGAUUUUACAAGCUCCACUAAUCCAGCAGAUAUCAAUACUUGGAAACCAAAUAAUGACCUUGUGAUGCAUUCUGAGCAAUCUUCAGAUAUGAACAUUUUCAAGUCGGGGAGCAACUCAGAGGAUAUGGAUUUUGGCAAUCUUUUGCAACCUGAUCCCUUCUUUGGAUCAUUUGGCAUUGCAAAUGUUUCAGUCAAUGAGAACUUGAAGUCUGAAGCUUCCGGCUUAGAUAGUGAAGCAAAGAGAGAAAUCACUCCAGCUGGAUCUGAAGGGCGGUCAGGAGCAAACAAGCAGAGUCGAAGUGCAGAUGGCAAUGCCUUUCAAGGUCUGGAUGAUAUGAGUUUCCUUGAGAACGUGCAGCUUUCUGCUAGAACUGUCCAGUCCUCCGAAUACGAGAAUGACAACUCAAUGGCUGCCUGGGACGCAGAGUUUCAAUCUGCAGAUUCUGAAAGUCAUGCUAAGAAAUCUAGAUCAUCAGACCCUUUUGCAGGUUCUGUAGUUGAUUUUUCUGGCCAUAUGGAUGCUGUGUUUGGACCUGGAAAACAAUAUGCAGGUGCAGAUGCUAAGGAUGGUCCACCUUCUUCCUCCAAAAUAGACGACUUGUUUCAGGAUAAUAUGAGCAAUUCUGGUUUUAGGUCAGAUAGCUACUACCAGGGAUCUAAAACAAAUGAUAAAGUUGAAGACACUAGGUCCAUGGGUGCCCCAAACAUUUCUUCAAUGAAUAUUGAUUGGGUUCAGGAUAAUCAGUGGCUCACAGGUGGCAGCAUUUCACGUCACGGUGAAUCUGCUGAGGAGAAUGAUGGUUCUCUCAAUGUCUGGGAUGAUUUUGCAAACUCAACUAGUCCGGCUUAUAACAAUUUGUGGAAAGCAAAUAAUGACCUCGGACUGCCUCCGCAGCAAUCUUCUGAAAUAAAGUUGUUCAGCUCUGAGAGUGAUUCACAACAGAUGGAUUCUUGCAAUGCCUUGAAACCUGAUGUCUUUUCGGGAUUGUUUAGCAAUUCUAAUGAUCCAGUCCAUGAGAAAGCGCAUUCAAAUUUUUCUGCUUUAGAGAGGAACCGGCUGGACGAUUUGGAUUCUAAUUAUAGAAGCGAAGAAGGUGGUGCCAAAGGUGAAGGUAUGAAUCUAAAUGUGAGAAAGAGUGAGGACGCCAACAUGCUAAUGUCUCAGAUGAAUGAUCUCUCGUUUAUGCUUGAUAGCAAGCUAUCAAUUCCCCCAAGGUCAGAAAGGUCCAAUUCUUCUCAAGAUCGAGAUUAGUCUCUGAAAUCCUUUUCAUUUGUUUUUGUAUUGUAGUUCAUAUCUUUUAGGCAUGUCCAUCUCUUUUCCCCUCCAAUUUUUGGUAGACCUUAGGGCUGUGAAAAUCAGUUUUCCUUUGAGUCAAUUGUGAUUGUGAAGUCCACAAGAUUGCUUAAGAUUAAAUGAUAAAUUCCAUUACAGAAUUUUACCUC